AUGAUUUGCCGUGACUUCAUAAGGUAAUUUUUAAAUUAUAAGGCUUGUAAAGUCCAUAACGUUUGAACCGGGAGAUUGUAGUAAUAUGAAUGCCUUCAACAAAUGCAAACAGGAAAUUUGCGACGACAUCCGGUAGUCACAUCGUAAUGCAUUGGUCGAAAUGAAAUGAGGUCAAUCGUUGACGAUCCAAUAUACAGCUACACGGUUUCUAUGUUAUAGAGAAUGAGCUUUAUUGUUUGCUGAGAGGUAUAGAGUGCAUUCUAGCUCCGACCGCUUGGAUUUUUCAGGCCUCUGAAACUGAACCAUUCUCGAAAACCGGAUAAUGUGUUUAUUGGUUGAAACAACGAACCAAUCGAGAUCUAAAACUGAUUUCAAAUUAUUUUUCAUACAUCUGUACUAAUGUCGUGGCAACUGGCUUGGAAUCGCUAACACAUGUUUUGCGUGCAAGCCUUUAAACCAAAUUUUAAUACAUAAUUAAAUCAAUGACGAAAUCGUACCGCAUAUCAAGUGAUCUAUACGAUUUCCAUGAUUAUAGAAAAGAAUGAUUUAUAUAACUUUUUGCUAUGAAUUGUUUGUGAUGUGCGUGGGAUGUUAACCCUGCCGUGUACCUCUAUAUUAAAAUCUUUUAAUCUUCCGCAAAAAGAAAUGAAUUUCCGAUGAACUUAAAUUGACUGAAUGUCACCGUGACAGAAAAAAUAUCUCCUCUAUCUUAAAAACUUAAAAGUUGGAUCAUUCUCAGCAGCCGCAGGGAACAGGACCUUAUUUCAUGAAUUGAAAUAUAUAAGGUGCUGUAUAUUAUAUUCUGUUACCGUUUUUUAUAAGGUUCUGUGCCCAGCUGCUAAGAAUGAUCCCAAAAAUCACUAGAAAAAAAAAUACAAUGGUUAGUACUUCCUGCAUGGUGAAAUUGAUUUGAUAUCUUCGUCGUAAAUCUACAGGAGUAUUUUUUGUACAGGUAUAAAGGCAGUCAGUAUUGACUUAAGCACAAAAUUGAACUAAAAACAGCAAUCAAUCCAAAUCCCCUUUCAUCUGAGCCAAAAUGCAAUUUAAGGCCUGUUUACGUGAAGGUGGGGGACCCCAGGUAGGUGAGGUAACAUGUGGCGGGUUUUAAUUACCCCACCUAACAUGUAAACGUGAUCACAUUAAAACGAGAGAUUGUAUGGACAGGCGGGUUACCCCACCUAAACGGGUUACGUCACCUACCUGGGGUCCCCCACCUCCAUGUAAACAGGCCCUUAGUUGAACAUCUCUGUUCGUCUUUCCCUUUUUUUUCUUUUAAUAGAGUCACUCCUAACUCAAAGACUUGCAUGAAUAACGGUUUUUUUCAUGCGUUUUUCUGCAGGUCUGAUAACAGAUAUUCUUAUCUCUCUGGACGACAAAUAUUUGUAUUUCGGUAACUGGCUUCAUGGAGACCUCAGACAGUAUGAAAUAACGGACACCAAGAAUCCUAAACUGGUUGGCCAGGUAGGUUGGUCAAGGCUUUCAUAAAGGCUCAAGACAAUAUUCAAGUAGAGAAACACAGGAACUUGAAAGACACAUAAUAACUACCGGUACAUAUUAAUUACGAAUGCGCUACACAUGUAUAUUCUACAAAUGAUGAAAUAUUUAAGGAAUAGAUCACAGUUUCUAUGGGUUUACCGGCGUGAUAACCCACGCAAGAUGUUAGGAGAGCUUAUUAAGCUUUGUAUGAGUUUACCGGCAAAAUAAACCAUAGGUUUUUAACCAAUCAGAACGCGGCCAAUAUCUUUAUUAGUUGUUUUCUAAAAUUCAAUAUAUUACUGUGAAAAACAUUUGCGUUGUAUGCUUGAAUUCCUCGUUUAACACCGACUUCUUGACCACAGCUUUUUGCUUUUUGUUCCGGGGGAAACUGACAGAACUAUUUGUCCAUCUUUUAAACUCUGGUUAAAUUACUUCUGCUGGCACAGGCUACAUCUUAGUCACUUUUGAGCAAAUGUGAUUUCGCAAUCACAACUUAACGCAAAAACGGAAUGUUAUGCCAGCCGAUUGUCAAAUAUCAAACCAAAAGCUCAAAAUAAGGUACAUCCCUAGGUGCAUACUAACCGAAAUUUUCUUCCCGAAACCUAAACAACCCAUUCUGGUAGGUAACUCUCUUGAAAACGCACCCUUAUAGUCAACCCAGUCGUGAAAAUGCGACCCCGUCCAGCGGCUAAUCCUCAUUAGGCCAUUACUUAAUGGCAUCCCCACCCCCCUCCCUUCCUCCGGCGUUUUCAUGUUUAACACCUGUUAGGUUCUUCCUUUCCUGCCAUCAAACGCUUUUUUCUGAAACUACGUAAAACUAGCUGAUCGGUAAUUCUUGUGAAACACUGGAGACAAACCAAAUUCGUUUACGAUCGUUAUAAUCUUUAACAUGUGAUAUUUUUCUGUCUUCGCUCUUCAUUGGUGGUAGUAUAACCAAAGAUGGCUCAGUGAGAGUGAUAGAGGAUAGUGAAUUAAGUGAACAGCCUGACCCGUGCUAUGUGAAGGGAAAGAGAGUUGAAGGUGGGCCACAGAUGUUUCAGCUAAGUCUGGACGGAAAGCAAGAUCAUCGCUGUACAGUGUAUGGGACAACCAGUUUUAUCCCAGCCUCUCCAAGUAUGGCAGUCAGCGUUUGCAUUGAUAAGAAAAGAUAAACAAAUUACUUAAUUAUUUCGUUCCUCGGAAGUCUGAUUUUAUGGACUGCGGACGUAAUCACACGACGAUGACUUAAAAGAAGUGAAAACGCGGCGUUCUUUAAUCGUCUCAAUUCUAAAUUCAUCGCGAUUUUCCCAACUUGCUUACCGUGUCAAAUGUAGUCGAACUCUCUUGGAGCUGAAUUCCUGACUAUUCAAGUUCACAAAGAAAGAGAAAAAUUCGUUGUCGUUUGCUCACGUCCUCCAUAAAUUAUAAUAGGCGAUUUAUGUCGAAGCAGCGCAGUAACGGUAAAGAAAUGUAUAACUAAAAAUUUUAACCAUAUGUCAUGUGGGGAGUCUUUGUGCUAACUAAUUGAACCUAUGAUGAUUUUCCUGUUGCUAACUCCUUGAGUAUUUUCGUAUUUUCUUAAAAAAUACCCUGCCAUUCUAGAAGCUUCUACUUCCCCAUAAGCCAGUCAUUCAACGGCCACCAUUUUAGAACGGCCGCUUAGUUCUCUCUCCAAGUUGACAGAUGAUUGACUGUAGCAUUUUUUUCGUACGCUUUUCUUAGCAGGAAAGGUAGCAUGUUGCUUCAAGUGGACGUUGAUACAGUGAAUAGUGGCCUCAAGUUGAAUCCUGAUUUCUGCGUUGAUUUUGGAGAGGAACCCGAUGGGCCCGCCCUUGCACAUGAAUUGCGAUAUCCGGGAGGAGACUGUUCCUCUGACAUAUGGCUGUAA